GCCGCGGCGGCGGCGGCGGCGCAUGCGCGCGGGGCGCCGAUAUGUUGGGGGGGUCGCGGGGCGGCGGGGUGCGGCGCGGAGCUUCCCCCGACGGCGGCGGCCGAGGAAGAGGCGGAGGCGGCGGAGGCGGCGGCGGGAGCGGCGGGAGCAGCUCGGCAUGACAUGACGGCACCGCUCGGCCUCCCCCCGCGCUGGCCCGACGGCCUCGCCUGUCGCUGCGAGGACGCCCCGCGGGAGAAAAACCGCAUGGAAGGGUUGGGGCAUUGCCGGGAGAUGAUGCCCCACGCGGGACUCGCUGUACCCACGGCCCCGCCGCCGCCGCCACCGCCGCAGGGAGCCGCGUACGCUGAGUUGGCGGCCACCGAGCCACCACGGCAGUGCCCGUCGGGGGCGGCUUCAAGUGCGGCGCUGGGCUACGGUUACCCCUUCGGUGGGGGUUACUACGGCUGCAGGUUGUCCCACUCCCACGGAGUCAAUUUGCAGCAAAAACCCUGCGCUUACCACCCCGGGGAGAAGUACCCCGAGGCCGGCGGGCCCCUACCCGGCGAGGAGCUGCCUUCGAGGGCCAAAGAAUUCGCUUUUUAUCCUGGUUUUCCCAGCUCCUACCAGGCUGUCCCUGGCUAUUUGGACGUGUCGGUGGUACCGGGGCUCGGUGGUCACCCGGAACCGAGACACGACGCUUUGCUUCCCAUGGAAGGUUACCAACACUGGGCUCUUUCUAAUGGCUGGGAUGGGCAAGUGUACUGCUCCAAAGAGCAAUCGCAAUCUGCACACCUCUGGAAAUCACCUUUCCCAGACGUGGUCCCCUUACAACCCGAAGUCAGUAGCUACCGGAGGGGCCGAAAAAAAAGGGUCCCUUACACCAAAAUCCAGCUGAAGGAGCUGGAAAAGGAGUACGCGGCCAGCAAAUUCAUCACCAAAGAGAAGAGGAGGAGGAUUUCGGCCACCACCAACCUGUCCGAGCGACAAGUGACCAUCUGGUUCCAGAACCGGAGGGUGAAGGAGAAGAAGGUGGUGAGCAAAUCCAAGACAGCGCAUCUCCAUGCCACCUGACACAGGUUUGGAGGAGAAGGGGCACGAAAAGGAAGCAAGAAGCGUAAAAUAUAUAUAUAUAUCUAUAUAUAUAUUUAUCUGGUAGUUUGUAUGAUAAACAUAAUCGGGAUUCUGCUGGUUCCAAGUCAUUAUUUAAAAUGAUAUUAAUAAUAAUAAUAAUAAUAAUCGACAUUCACAAAUGCACACGCGCAUCCUCCCUAAAAAACCCGCACCGAGCGCAUCUUUGAUUUGUCCCCGCUCUGACUGUGAAAACCCGCAUUUCGCUCUGAGAAAUCCACCGAUAAGGUUCAACUGUGUAUAUUUUUAAAAAGAAAAUAAUUAUAAUAAUAAUAAUUAAUAAUAAGCUAAGAGUGUAGUUACGUUAAAGGAGAGAUGAACUCUGAAUGUCGCCCUGUAACGCUGUAUAGUCCGACCCCCCCCAUCCCUCCAGUUGUUCACAUCUCAGGCCAUUUCACCCACCGAUGUAUCAAUGUAUGGAGAACCUAUGGCAAAGUGCAUCAGCUGCACUAAGGACCGAAAAAUGAGAAUUAAGGCUGCUGUUGUGGCAAGAAAACCAUCGCUCGGUAUCACUUCAAUAGCCCGACCGCUGAUUUUUAGGUCCCUGAUGGAAGUGAGUUGCUGUACGAGACUAUUUUUGGUACGUUCUCAUGAGGGUUCCUAUAUCUCUGCCAUAAAACUGGAAUGUCUGUUCUCCGCCGACAAGAUGGAAAAUGCACAAUGUUGUCUUUGGGGUUUGUUUCUUUCCCUCUCUAAGCCGGCUGGUUAUCGACAGUGUUCUUUGGAUAUGUAAAAGCGCUUUUUUUUUUAAUGUCUUGUAUAUGUAUAUAAUAUUGUGGUGUCCAGAUGAUAAUGUACCGACUGCGGAUGACAUUUCUUACGAAUAAAUCUCUUUUGUUGUUGUCGUUUGGCCUUGA